AUGAGCAAGAAGCGGAAAGGGGAGCGGGCGAACGCCCGCUGCGAGAAAGCUCUGCCAGAGAUGGACCCCAGAGGCGUUCAGCUGCGGGCGUUUUUUGCCGCGCAGCGCAGGGCCAUCAGCGGUGGGCGCAUGAGGAGACGGACGGGCGACCCCGCCGCACCACGUGGCGACGGCGACGACCCCAACGAGGGCAAGAAGCCUUCUCUGCGGAAGCUGCUGGAGUACCGCGCAGACCCCAACUCGUUCACGUUCGAGGACACUGGCGAGCGGCGUACUCUGCUCUGCCUGGUGAUCGAGGAGGCGGUGCAGAUAGGCGACUUCGAGAAGGUGGACCUGCUCCUCGACGCCCAGGCAGACCCCAACCGCCGGUCCGAGAACGGCACCUUUCCGCUGCAGUUGGCAGUGAAGCAUUCCAGCGUCGAUUUGACGCGGAAGUUGCUCAAGCGCAAGGCGGACGUCAACCAGCAGGACGCGAAGCUGGUCUCGCCGCUGCACACCGCCGUCUUCCAGGACGACGCCCGGGUGGCGCAGCUGCUGCUCCUGCACCGCGCGAACGUCAACGCGGCGGACCAGGUGGGGCAGUCGCCCGUCUUCUUCGCCAGCAGCCGGGGCCUGGCCUCCUCGCUCGUGGAGGCCGACGCAGACCUGCUGCAUCUGAACAAGAGGGGGCAGAGCGCGCUGCACCUCGCCGCCCACAGCGGCUGCUUCGACGCCGUUGCGCAGCUCGUGGCGGCGCCGGCGCCACCGGCAGAGCCACGGCGAGCCCACCGCGGCAGACUAGCGGCGUCUGCCCUGGCGGCCGAGGAGCAGGAGCAGAUGCUCGACAUGCUGGACCUGCAGGACGAGAGAGGCCGCACGGCGCUGCACCACGCCGCCGCGAAGGGCCACCAGGCGGUCGUCUCCAGGCUGAUGGACCUCGGCGCCGACGCGCGGCUGAAGACCCACGCCGGCAAGGACGCGAUGACGCUCGCCGGCGAGGGCGACAGACACAUGGGCUGCUCCUACUACAUCUACACCCGGGUGACAGGCGGUAACAGGUCGACCUGGGCGGAGAUGGCGCAGAACCCGAUGGCGCUCACGCUGUUCGCGAUCAUGGGCGUGGCGUUUUUCGUAAACAGGAAGCUGCUGUGGGAAUUCGGCCUGGACCUCGCCCACCUGUACCGGCGCUGACCCUCCAGGGCCGGAGGGGGCGGCGGCGCCGCGCCGCAUUGCCGAGGGGGGCACUUCGCGGGGCAGCCGCGCGCGGUACUGGAA